AUGAACACACCAGGUCUGGACGUGCGCAAUGGCAAGGCCGUCCAAGGGGACAUAUGGAGGAAUAGGUAUUCCCUAAUAUCUAAGCAGACCCUUAACCAGAAGGAAAAUACGCUAUGGAACAUCCUAAAUCACGGCCGUGUCCCUAAUGAGGGUCUAAACGAAAUAACCAUCAUGAACAUGUUGCACCAGAUAUCUUCUCAAAAUUUAUGCAACAGCGAGAAGAACGUCAAAAUCGGGGAGCGGGAGAAUCGCAUAUACAGCGCGCUCGUUCGGAACAAGUACAUCGGAUUUGGGCACGGCAUCGGCAGGUCAGGGAACUUGGACGACGUGCAGCCCAAGAGCGCGGGGAACAGUAUCCUGGCCAAGGCCACGACUAGCUUUGUAAAGGAUCUGAUCAAAAGCUUUGGAAUAAAGGGCUGCGAAGAUGUGUACAUACUGCCGUACGCUACAGGGAUGUGUUUAAGUACCUGCCUGCUGUACACAAAAAAGGAAAGAGAAAAAAGUGAAUACGUAAUAAUCUCCAGAAUAGAUCAUAAGACCUGCUACAAGUGCAUCGAUUUUUGUGCCUUGAAAUAUUUAGUAGUGGACAUGGUCUACAGAGAUGAAGAAUUAUUUACAAACCUAGACGAAAUAGAAAAACUGAUACAAACAUAUGGUGAAAAAAUCUGUUGUGUAAUGUCAGUGACAUCUAGUUAUGCCCCAAGGAAUUCAGAUGAUGUUGUAAAAAUUGCUCAUAUUUGCAAGAAGUAUAAUGUUCCACACAUAAUUAAUAAUGCCUUUGGAUUACAAUGCAAUUAUUUGUGUAAAGAAAUACAGAAGUGUUUCGAAUCGAAGGGGCGGGUGGACUUUGUGGUUCAGAGUUGUGAUAAGAAUUUCCUCGUGCCAGUUAACGGCGGGAUCGUAUUCAGCUCCGAUAAGAAAAAAAUGAAAGAAUUGAAAAAGCACUACCCUGGUAGAACACCUGUGCAUGCAUAUUUAGAUCUUUUCAUCACAUUACUAGAAUUAGGGAAAAAAAAAAUUCUAAAUCUAAGAAAAGAAAGAGAGGAAAAUUUUUCCUGGUUGCAGGGGAAGGUUUCAACACUCUGCUCAAAGUACAAUUUAAGUUUAAUCAAAGCUAGCAAAAAUAAAAUAUCCAUGGCGAUUAAUUUAAACGAACUUUACAAUAUUUGCCAUAUGGCAAACCCGAAGAGUAUUACCUUACUAGGUUCUCUACUUUUUUACAGAAAUGUUACCGGGCAUAGGGUUAUAUGCUCCCCGCUGUUGAUACGAAAUGGGGGAGUGGCACAGAGGGGGGACCAGGAAAUGCAGACUAAUGUAGAUCCUGCUUUACCCGUUCACCACACAGAAGUGGAUCCCAUUAGGGUUGACACUUCUGAGCAAGGUAAACACACCGAUGGGGAGUUUUCAUCCAAUCGUGGAAAGAACAGCGAAGAUGCAGGUCUGAUCCGUUCGUCAGAAAACUGCAAUAACGGGAAUGUAAAGGGAGAAGGGUGCCAAGCAAAUCUGGUAAAAAAGGAAAAUAUUAAUAAUGGAGCGAUUCAUGGAAAAACCCUAACCAUCGGGAACCACACAUUUGAGCACUUUGGGUGCAGCUACGAUUUGUAUCCCUUUUCUUACAUUGCCUUCUCCUGCGUCAUUGGAAUUGAGCGGGCGGAGCUGCAAAGCUUCCUGACCAAGUUGGACGACGCGAUUGGAUGUUUCAUCCGCAGGUUCGGGCGGCGCAACUAG